CUUUCGUAAAUAACAAAUUCUUAAAGUGGGGUCAUUAUGAACAAACAGGAAGUUUUUAAAGAUAAGGUGUAAAGUUCAUGUGCAUGUUGCAACGAUCUCUGUUUUAUAUCUCAGCCUCAUCUCGGCAGUUAGCCAGUUUGAAUUCGCAAGAGAAUUCAGCCACAACAUGCUAUUAUUAUAUACAUUUAUUCAGUUCAUUUAACAUAAAAUGGACUUUGGUGAUAUUGAAGAGGACGAUUCUAGGUCAAAGGAAUCUAUUUUGUAUGAAAAUACAAACAUUUCUACAGUUGAUUCUACUGCCGAAACACAAUUUAUGAAAUUUGUGAACAAAAAUUAUGGGCCACUGGAAUUCGGUGAAUCAAAUAAAAGAAAAAAGGAAAGCGGAUAUUACGAUACACUUAAGCGACUGAAAUGUGUAAAUAUUGUUAUAACGGUAUUGAUUUUUGUUCUCUACAUUGCACUUAUCACGUUGGCAAUAGUCCUUUUUGUGCCAAAGCGUUCAGUCGAAGGUCGUUGGGCACCAUGGUCAAGCUGGAGACCGUGUAAUGCGACUUGCGGUAAUGGAACACAUCUUCGGACAAGAACAUGUACAAAUUCAGUGCCCACUAUAAAUGACUGUGUUGGACAAAGCUUGCAGAUAGGUGAAUGCACAAACGACAAAUGUACAGACGCUGGUCAAUGGGCACAGUGGUCAAGCUGGACUUCAUGUGACGUCACGUGUGGAAAAGGAACUCAUUUACGUACUAGAAUAUGUACAAAUCUAGGUCAAGAGAAUGAUGAAAUCAAUUGCACUGGGAAUAAUUCUCAGACCGCUGAAUGUUCAAAAGGCAGCUGCCCAGUCGAUGGUAAAUGGGCAUUUUGGUCCAGUUGGACCUCAUGUGACGUCUCAUGUGGCACUGGAACGCAACUACGGACAAGAAGAUGUUCAAAUCCAAUGCCAGAGAAUAAAGGAAAAGAUUGUGCUGGUGAAACUUUAGAGAGUAGACAGUGUUCCAAUGUGAAUUGUUCAGUCGAUGGUCAGUGGGCAUAUUGGUCCAGUUGGACUACAUGUGAUGUCACGUGCGGCACGGGAAGACAAUUACGGACAAGACGAUGUACAGAUCCGUUGCCAGAGAAUGGUGGAAAGGAUUGUAUUGGGGAAAGUUUACAGAGUAGUCAAUGUUCAGAAUUAAACUGUUCAGUCGAUGGUCAGUGGGCAUAUUGGUCCAGUUGGACCUCAUGUGAUGUCACGUGUGGCACGGGAAGGCAAUUACGGACAAGAAGAUGUACAAAUCCAAUGCCAGAGAAUGGUGGAAAAGAUUGUAUUGGAGAAAGUUUACAGAUUAGUCAAUGUUCAGAAGUAAACUGUUCAGUUGAUGGUCAAUGGGCAUAUUGGUCCAAUUGGACGUCAUGUGAUGUCACGUGUGGCACGGGAAGGCAGUUACGGUCAAGAAGAUGUACAAAUCCAACACCAGAGAGUGGUGGAAAGGAUUGUAUUGGAGAAAGUUUACAGAUUAGUCAAUGUUUAGAAGUAAACUGUUCAGUCGAUGGUCAGUGGGCAUAUUGGUCCAGUUGGACGUCAUGUGAUGUCACGUGUGGCAUGGGAAGGCUAUUACGAACAAGAAGAUGUACAAAUCCAAUUCCAGAGAAUGACGGAAAAGAUUGUAUUGGAGAAAGUUUACAGAGUAGUCAAUGUUUAGAAGUAAACUGUCCAGUCGAUGGUCAAUGGGCGUAUUGGUCCACGUGGACCUCAUGUGAUGUCACGUGUGGCACGGGAAGACAACUACGUACAAGACGAUGUACAAAUCCAAUACCAGCGAAUGGUGGAAAAGAUUGUAUUGGAGAAAUGUUACAGAUGAGUCAAUGUUUAAAUGUAAACUGUUCAGUCGAUGGCCAGUGGGCACAUUGGUCCAAUUGGACCUCAUGUGAUGUCACGUGUGGCACGGGAAGGUUAUUACGGACACGAAGAUGUACAAAUCCAAUGCCAGAGAAUGGUGGAAAGGAUUGUAUUGGAGAAAGUUUACAGAUGAGUCAAUGUUCAGAAGUAAACUGUUCAGUCGAUGGUCAGUGGGCAUAUUGGUCAAGUUGGACGUCAUGUAAUGUCACGUGUGGCACGGGAAGUCAGUUACGGACAAGAAGAUGUACACAUCCGAUGCCAGAGAAUGGUGGAAAGGAUUGUAUUGGAGAAAGUUUAGAGAUUAGUCAAUGUUCAGAUGUGAACUGUUCAGUCGAUGGCCAAUGGGCAUAUUGGUCCAGUUGGACCUCAUGUGACGUCACAUGUGGCAGGGGAAGGCAAUUACGGACAAGAAGAUGUACAAAUCCAAUGCCACAUAAUCACGGAAAAGAUUGUAUUGGAGAAAGUUUACAGAUGAGUCAAUGUUCAGAAGUAAACUGUUCAGUCGAUGGACAAUGGGCAUACUGGGCCAGUUGGACCUCAUGUGAUGUCACGUGUGGCACAGGAAGGCAACUACGGACAAGAAGAUGUACAAAUCCGAUGCCAGAGAAUGGUGGAAAAGAUUGUAUUGGAGAAAGUUUACAGAGUAGUCAAUGUUCAGAAGUAAACUGUUCAGUUGAUGGUCAAUGGGCAUAUUGGUCCAGUUGGACCUCAUGUGAUGUCACGUGUGGCAAGGGAAGGCAAUUACGGACAAGAAGAUGUACAAAUCCAAUGCCGGAUAAUGGUGGAAAGGAUUGUAUUGGGGAAACUUUAGAGAUUAGCCAAUGUUCAGAAGUAAACUGUUCAGUCGAUGGUCAAUGGACAUAUUGGUCCAGUUGGACCUCAUGUGACGUCACGUGUGGCAAGGGUAAGCAACUACGGACAAGAAGAUGUACAAAUCCACUUCCAGAGAAUGGUGGAAAAGAUUGUAUUGGAGAAAGUUUAGAGAGUAGCCAUUGUUCAGAUGUGAACUGUUCAGUCGAUGGUCAAUGGGCACAUUGGUCAAACUGGACUUCAUGUGAUGUCACGUGUGGAAAAGGAACUCAUCAACGUUCGAGAUCAUGUACAAAUCCAGUUCCAGCAAAUAAUGUACCCAGUUGUACAGGAGAGAAUACACAAACCGCUGAAUGCUCAAAUGACAACUGCCCAGUCGACGGCCGUUGGGCUCAAUGGUCAAGUUGGACAUUGUGUGACGUAACAUGCGGUAAUGGAAAGCAUCUACGGUUAAGAACAUGUACAAAUCCAGUGCCCAUGAAUAAGGGGAGUUACUGUAUUGGAGAAAGGUUGCAGAGCAGUGAAUGCUCAAAAGAGAACUGUCCAGUCAAUGGUCAAUGGGCACAUUGGUCCAGCUGGACGUCAUGUGACGUCACAUGUGGAAAAGGAACUCGUCAACGUUCGAGAACAUGUAAAAAUCCAGUUCCAGCUAAUGGUGGACUCGAGUGUACAGGAGCGACAAUAGAAACUGAUGAAUGUUCCAAAGACGCAUGUCCAGUCGAUGGUCAAUGGGCAAAUUGGUCAAGUUGGACAUCAUGUGACGUGACAUGUGGAAAUGGAAGACAACUACGGACAAGGAGAUGUACGAAUCCAAUGCCCGAGAAUAAAGGGAAGGACUGUUUUGGAGAGGGUUUACAGACUAGUCAAUGCUCAAAAGGAAACUGCCCAACAUUGAAGUCUGCAUUUUCUGUCAAAAGUCCAAAUACUAUCAGCAACAUCAAUGGAAUUGAGAAACUGACCUUUUCAAGUACCAUUUACCAGUAUGGAAAUGAUUUUAAUAUCUCGACAGGAACUUACACCUGUAACAAAUCCGGUGUUUACCAUUUUUCUGUUACGUUGGUAAAGAAACGAGAAUCUUCAAGAGUUGAUUUCGUUCAGUGUUUACUUUACAAGAAUAGACAGUCUCUGAUCAAUAUAGUAGUUGAUCCAACUGAUGAUGAUACAGACAAAGGUCAUGCUGCUAUAUCACAGUCUAUCGUGAUUAAUCUUGAUGUUGGGGACACUGUGUACCUUACUGGAUGCACCAAUCCAAGCACAACCAUGGAAUCUUGGUCUUCGUUUACUGGAUUUCUCCUAUAUGACAACAAUUGAUUUUUUUGAUUUUUUCGGAAAAAAAUUGUUCUUAACUAAAUCCGUUCUUUCGAAUAAUCUUAUUUCCAAUACAGUGUUUUGAAAAUAACAAUGUUUGUCUAUGGUUGUAAAAAAUAUAUAUUUAGUGAUGACAUUAAAAGCGAUUUUGCUUAACAUACGAAUUCAUCCUGUUAUGGAAUUAAAGCCACUCAUCGGAUUUUUAGAUGGGUUUUUUUUGUAUAUCAAGUUGUUUCAACUAAGACGUUGAUGCUUAGUAACGCAUUUAUAAAGAUUUGCAGUGCUUGUAAAUAACAUUGUUUUCUGAUUUUUUUUCUUUUGCUGAGUGCAACAGAAUCAGGGAGAGGGUAUUCUUGUUUUUAUUAAACUGAUAAGAAUGCAUUGUUGACAUAAGAUUGCUACUCA